UUGAUAACCGAGGGCUCGGACUGUUCAGUGGGAUCCGAUUUUGGCAGUGCGGUGGAUUUGCAGUCAGCACCACUGGCUUUACAUAUUUACCGCCUGGUGACCGGUGACGAGGCUGAUCCCACCCACGAAACCAUCGAAGUCUCCAAUGAAGUCAUCAAGGGCGGCACUCGCUGGCUCCUCCCCUCAGCCGAGUUUGAAGGCCUUUGGGAAUCGCUUGUCUAUGAUACUUCGGUGAAUCCCCACGUCAUCUCGUGGAAUCGCGUAAUCUUUCUUCAUGGUCCCCCAGGCACCGGAAAGACCUCAUUGUGUCGUGCCCUGGCGCAGAAGCUAGCCAUCCGGCUCUCCCAUCGAUUCAGCUCGGCCGCUCUUAUUGAAAUAAAUACGGUCAACCUCAUGUCCAAGUGGUUCUCCGAGAGUGCUCGUUUAGUUUCCCAGAUGUUCAACUCCAUCUUCGAAUAUCUAGAA